AUGAAAGCUAUUGAGAUGAUUCAGGGUGCAUGCACUGACCAAUACACACACUUGAGGAAUUAUGUUGUUGAGUUGGUGAGGAGCAACCAUGAGAGCACUGUUAUAAUAAAAAGAACAAUGGGAGUGCAUGGGCCACUAUUUGAAAGGAUUUAUGUGUGCUUCUCUGCCACUAAAAAUGCCUUUGCAAGUACAUGUAGGCCCUUAAUUGGGCUAGAUAGGUGCUUUCUGAAAGAGUUGUAUGGAGGACAAUUGUUGUCUGUUGUGGGAAGGAUGGAAACAACCAAAUGUUUCCCAUUGCUUUUGUUGUUGUGGAGGCUGAAACCAAAGAACCUUGGAGGACUGGUGCAUACAUUACAGGAUCUAUAUGAGAUGUGGAGCACAAGAUUUGUGUCAAGCAUCUCUACGGGAACUUUAGGAAGAGGUACCCUGGUUCAGAUAUUAAGGUUGCUCUGUGGAGUGCUGCUAGGGCAAGCACCAUUCCAGAAUGGAAAAAAAGCAAUUGAUGCUUUAAAGCUACUUAAUGAGGAUGCCUGGAAGAAGAUGAUGGAGCUUCCACCAAAGAUGUGGUCAGGAGCACACUUUAGCACAGACACUUGCUGUGAUCUGCAAGUGAAUAACAUGUGUGAACCUUUCAAUCGGGUUAUACUGGAGCACAGGAAGAAGCCAAUAAUUUCUCUGUUGGAGGGCUUGAAGUUUAAUCUGAAUAACAGAAUUGUGAAGCAAAGGGAUCUUAUGCUCAGGUGGAGGAAUGGAAUUUGCCCCAUCAUGCAGCAAAAGCUUGAAUUGUCCACGAAAUACUCUGACAAAUGGUGUGCCAUCUGGUGUGGUAAUGGACAUGUUACCUUCUUUGAAGCUUGUUGGGAUUCUGACAAAUAUGUGGUUGAUUUGGAAAGAAGGUUCUGUGCUUGCAGGAGAUGGGACUUAACUGGAAUCCCAUGUUCUCAUGCAGUUGCUUGUAUGUGGUUUGCUAAUAGAGCCCCUGAAGGAUUUGUGGACAAUGCUUAUAGGUAUUGCAUCAUUGUCCUUUUAUUGCAUCACAGUUCAUAUAAUAUGUCCAUUAUGCAUGCAAUCUAUUAA